AUGUUCCUGGGGGGGAACAGCACCCAGAUGCCAGACACGUGUGUGGAAAAGUACAUGUGUGGGACACACGCCCCUUUGUGGCUCACUGCUCCUCACCCCCAGCUGGGAGACAGGGUGGUGGAGCGCGUGAGUCCAGGGAUCUCCACCACCACCACCACCCUUCCUUCCACCACCACCACCCCUCCUUCCACCACCACCACCCCUCCUUCCACCACCACCCUGGUACCCACCACCCCCUCAUCAGCAGAGGGGGACUUACGUCUGGCUGGGGGGAACACUUCCUGCUCCGGCAGAGUGGAGAUCUACCACCAGGACCAGUGGGGGACGGUGUGUGAUGACGGCUGGGACCUGCAGGAUGCCCAGGUGGUGUGUAGACAGCUGGGCUGUGGCCGCGCCCUGUCUGCUCCGAUGUAUGCUAGCUUCGGCCAGGGCAGCGGGCCCAUCUGGCUGGACGAUGUCAGGUGUUCGGGGUCAGAGUCCUCCCUGGCAGAGUGCAGCCACCUGCCCUUCGGCUUACACAACUGUGGACACCAUGAAGAUGCCGGGGUCGUCUGUGAAGCUGUCGACCCUCUGAGAUUGGUCAACGGUUACCCUGACAACCCUGCCUGCUCCGGCAGAGUGGAGAUCUACCACCAGGACCAGUGGGGGACGGUGUGUGAUGACGGCUGGGACCUGCAGGAUGCCCAGGUGGUGUGUAGUCAGCUGGGCUGUGGCCGCGCCCUGUCUGCUCCAUCAUAUGGCUAUUUCGGCCAGGGCAGCGGGCCUAUCUGGCUGGACGACGUCAGGUGUUCGGGGUCAGAGUCCUCCCUGGCAAACUGCAGCCACCUGCCCUUCGGCUCACACAACUGUGUACACGGUGAAGAUGCCGGGGUCGUCUGUGAGGUUGGUCAAGGAAACUCCACCACCACAACCACCCCUCCUUCCACCACCACCACCCUUCCCUCCACCACCACCACCCUUCUCUCCACCACCACCACCCUUCCCUCCACCACUCCCUCUCCUGUGGUGUUCCUGUGUGGGGGCACACCUUGCCCAGCAGGCCAGGACUGUAUCAGUGUCAACGGUACUCUUCGCUGUGCUGACCCCUGUAGCCAGUACUCAGUUCUGGACGAUGCCUGGCGUUCAACGGACUUCAGAAACGAUGGUAACCUGCACUGUGACCAGCAUAUCAGUUGGCAGGGAUGGUAUCGCUUGUUCCUGGGGGGGAACAGCACCCAGAUGCCAGAGACGUGUGUGGAAGAGAACAUGUGUGGGACCCACGCUGCUUUGUGGAUGACCACCCCUCACCCCCAGCUGAGAGACGGCGUGGUGGAACGGGGAACCUGUGGGAAAUGGUCCUGGGGCGCUGGCAACGGCAACUGCUGUGCAUUUAGGUCAAACCCCAUCCAUGUCAAAGCCUGUCCUGGCAACUACUACGUCUACAAGUUUGUCACACCAAAUAAUUGUUGGUUGGCUUAUUGUGCAGUUGGUCAAGGAAACUCCACCACCACAACCACCCCUCCUUCCACCACCACCACCCUUCCCUCCACCACCACCACCCUUCUCUCCACCACCACCACCCUUCCCUCCACCACUCCCUCUCCUGUGGUGUUCCUGUGUGGGGGCACACCUUGCCCAGCAGGCCAGGACUGUAUCAGUGUCAACGGUACUCUUCGCUGUGCUGACCCCUGUAGCCAGUACUCAGUUCUGGACGAUGCCUGGCGUUCAACGGACUUCAGAAACGAUGGUAACCUGCACUGUGACCAGCAUAUCAGUUGGCAGGGAUGGUAUCGCUUGUUCCUGGGGGGGAACAGCACCCAGAUGCCAGAGACGUGUGUGGAAGAGAACAUGUGUGGGACCCACGCUGCUUUGUGGAUGACCACCCCUCACCCCCAGCUGAGAGACGGCGUGGUGGAACGGGGAACCUGUGGGAAAUGGUCCUGGGGCGCUGGCAACGGCAACUGCUGUGCAUUUAGGUCAAACCCCAUCCAUGUCAAAGCCUGUCCUGGCAACUACUACGUCUACAAGUUUGUCCAACCAGUCGGUUGUUACUUGGCUUAUUGUGCAGUUGGUUGGGGGAACUCCACCACCACCACCACCCUUCCUCCAACCACUACUGCCACCUCCAGACCAACAACUACAACCAUCACCAUCACCCCAGAGCUGGUGUGUGGGAGGAGCUACCUUGACGUGGGUCUCCUCAAGUCUCAGCUAGCGGCCAAACAUAUGGACUCCUCCUCUGCUCACCUGGCCGACCCCCGCUGCUCCUCCCAGGAGCGUAACGGGACAGUGUGGUUCCAGGUGGAGCGCAGGGAGGGCAGCUGUGGAACCACUCUGACCACCAACGGCAGCCACGCCAUCUACUCCAACAGUCUGUUUGUCUACCCGUUCAGUGAAAACUUGGUUCAACCCCUGAGGAUCCCUUUCUCCUGCUCCUAUCCUCUGGAGACAGAAGCCAGCCUGGAUGUGGCCAUCAAACCAUACCUGGAACUUGAAGGUGCGGUGAAAGAUGAGGGUGCCAAGGCCAGGACCUCCAUGUCUCUGUUCCGUGAUGCCAACUACUCAGCUCCUUACCCAGCAGGCCGUGUCACUCUGCCCCUGGGCUCUGCCCUGCAUGUGGGCGUGUCGGUUGAAGAGACGGACGCUGGCAUCUUUGUGGUCGUUUUGGAGGACUGCUACACCACCCACUCCCCUGAUCCCGAUGACCUCCUGAAACACUUCCUCAUCCAGCACAGGUGUUCUACCAACCGUCACCAGGUGACCGUGGACGAGAAUGGCUUGUCCCUCCAGGCUCGCUUCUCUGCGCUGCUGUUCCUGUUCCAGGGGGACUACAGGGAUGUCUACCUGCACUGCAGCCUCAACCUGUGUGAUCAGAGGAACUCCUCCUGCUCUCCUAUGUGUUCCAGAAGGUUUGUCCGCUCAGUCGACGAACUCGUACCCCUCCAACCAGUCUCAGUCGGACCAAUCACCUGGGACCAGAGUCUGGAGUGAGCUGAUGAAGUCACACCUCCUUCUGAACGGCUUCAUGACCAUCCCUAUGGCAACCAGCUCAGGCUCUCUCAUGUCUCCUGUCUUUUGAAAUGUGUUAACCCUAGAAAUUAUGACAGAACACCCUGCAUAUAAAUAACUAUAAGCUUUAAAUUGUGGGUUACUGUUUAUUUUUUUAUUUUUUUAUGAUGAUAUACAUUUAUUUUUAUGAAAUUAUACUUUUCAUACAAGGGAAUAGUGGGAACAUUGUUGAUAAGUAUUGCCUACUAAAUAAACAUACUACUUUUCCUUUAACUUCAUCACUUAUCUGGACCAAAAUCUGGUAUUUAUGUGUAAUAAUCAAGGCUUGAUGAAAUCUGACACUAAUAAAGAAGUAAAAAUUGC